GGCUUUUCUCUCAGCUCUGGUGCAGGAUGAACGGGGAUAACGAAAGGCGACUCUGCACAUAGCGUGGCGCCAUCUUGUACGGACGCCGAUAGCUCGGCCGCGGGGGCCUGCGGACUCGGCGGAGCUUUCAGACAACUGGGGCGGGACGGCGCUGGUGCGGGAUGUCGUGUUUCCGUUUCCUUCCCGCCUGGGCGUCUUUUGGUUGGAUCGCCUUGUUGCGGAGAGGGAGGGGGAGGAUUGUUUGCUGCCCAGAAGCUCGGCGCACAGAAAGGUAAACUGAGACGCUCAUCUCCAGCCCUGCUCCAACCGAGGACCCAGCUUCGCUGUACCUGCCCCACAGCCUGGGGCGCCUGUCCCUCUCUCCCGGAUGGUGCCCCUGCCUGCAGGCCUCAGUCCAAGAUCCAGGCCCCCUUUGCUCCUGGUGCCCUGUGGACUCCCUGUGCUAGGGUGGGAGGAACAUCCAUACAGACAAGGCUUGAGCUCCAGGACCAGCCCUUUGGAGCCUAGCCUCUGACCCUCUGUGAGGUCUGUCCCGUCCCCUUUCUGUGCCUGGUGAAGAGAAGCCUUUCGCUGACAUCCACAGCCCGGAAGCCUCAAGCUGGGGCCCUUGUCCCAGCAUGCCAGUCCUCCCUUGUGUAUAGGGCUCUGCCCCCUCCCAGCCAGCAUGGCUGAUUUCAGGAAGGCUCCAGGAGGCCGGGAGACUCCCCAGGGGGAACUGCGGCCUGAGGUGGUGGAGGAUGAAGUCCCCAGGAGCCCAGCCACAGAGGAGCCUGGAGGAGGUGGCAGCAACAGUGAGACCAAGCUGUCCCCACGAGAGGAGGAAGAGCUGGAUCCCAGAAUACAGGAGGAGCUAGAGCAUCUGAACCAGGCCAGUGAGGAGAUCAACCAGGUGGAGCUACAGCUAGAUGAGGCCAGGACCACCUAUCGGAGGAUCCUACAGGAGUCUGCGAGAAAGCUCAACACGCAGGGCUCCCACCUGGGGAGUUGUAUCGAGAAGGCCAGGCCCUACUAUGAAGCCCGACGGCUGGCUAAGGAGGCCCAGCAGGAGACACAGAAGGCAGCACUGAGGUUUGAGCGGGCCGUGAGCAUGCACAGCGCUGCCCGGGAGAUGGUCUUUGUGGCCGAGCAGGGUGUCAUGGCUGACAAAAACCGACUGGACCCAACAUGGCAGGAGAUGCUCAACCAUGCCACCUGUAAGGUGAACGAAGCAGAGGAAGAGCGGCUUCGAGGGGAACGCGAGCAUCAGCGUGUGACUCGGCUGUGCCAGCAGGCUGAGGCCCGAGUCCAGGCCCUACAGAAGACCCUCCGGCGAGCCAUUGGCAAGAGCCGCCCCUACUUUGAGCUCAAGGCCCAGUUCAGUCAAAUCUUGGAGGAACACAAGGCCAAGGUGACGGAAUUGGAGCAGCAGGUGGCACAGGCCAAGACCCGCUACUCAGUCGCCCUGCGCAACCUGGAACAGAUCAGCGAGCAGAUCCAUGCCCGGCGCCGUGGCCUACUGCCCCAUCCCCUGGGGCCUCGGCGCUCCUCCCCAGUGGGGGCUGAAGCUGGGCCUGAUGGCAUCGAGGAUGGGGACAGCGGGAUCGAAGGGGCAGAGGGCGGUGGCCUGGAGGAGGGCAGCAGCCUCGGGCCUGGCCUGGGGCCAGAUACAGACACGCUGAGCCUGCUGAGCCUGCGCACUGUGGCCUCUGAUCUGCAGAAAUGCGACUCGGUGGAGCACCUGCGUGACCUCUCAGACCAUGCCAGUCUAGACGGCCAAGAGCUUGGACCCCAGAGUCGGGGACGCCGGGGAAGUGAUGGCGGGGGCCGAGGGGGUCGGCACCAGCGCAGUGUCAGCCUGUAGCUCUGUGGCCAGCAUGCUGGCUGGACUUUGCAUGGGCGGUCAGGGCCCUACAGGCCUCUUCUCUUUCUGAGUCCUGUCUGCUCCCAGAUCCUGGUCUGCAGCUGUCUCUGGGAGAGGGCAGCUGCUGUCAGUCCUGUCUCCCUGGCUCUCCCUCCGGUCUCUUAUCCCUCGUCCCUCAUCCCUUGAGGGGUAGCUUGCCUCACCUGCCGGAAGGCUUGCCCUGCCCUGUCUGCACUCAUGGCUGGUGUUGCCGUCUCUCUCAUGCUCUCGGCUCCCUCUCUUACCCACUUUUCUGUUCUUCUGGCUUUUUCCCUCAGGGUCUUGAGGACACAGGAAGCUCCUGUGCGAAAAUGAGCGUCUAGCCUGGGUGGCUGAGCACCUAGCCCAGGUGGCUGGACAGCCCCCACUUGUCGACCCCUGGCCCUGUCCACUUCAGAAGGCAGCUCCCUAGGGCUCUAUGAUUACUGUUGAGUCCUGGUGGCUCUGUACCCUUGUCCUGUCCCAGCCUGCCAGUGAGCAGUGUGUAAGAUGUCCCAUGUGCUCUGGAAGAUCCUCUGUGCCCCUCGUGACCAGAGCUGCUGUGUUGUCUGUGUCCUAACACAGUGUCAGGGAGGGGAGCCCAAUCCUGUUACCAACCCAGGGAACAGGGCCAGCUCUAAAUGGCCCCUGUGUGUGAUAUGUCCCCAGCUGGGCUGAGCCCUUAACAUCAAGGUGCUAGUGAGUUCUUGACAGGGUCUGUGCUGGAGGAUAGUGAUGAGAUGCUGAGGGCUGGGACCAUCCCUGCCAUCCCUGCUGUUCCUCAGGAGUAGCGCUGGGUUUAGUUUUUCUUGGUAGACUUGAAUGAAAGCGUGGCACCCUCCUACAGGGCGGCGUUAGGGAAUCUGGUGCUCAACUGCCCUCCCUUGCACUUCCCACACCAAAUAGUCCCUAUUCCUUGAACCUUUGGGGAGUGUCCAAGCAAAGACCCCCCCCUGCCCCCUUGAGGGAGGAGCCGGUCAGCGAGGAGUCCCAGCCUCAGGGAGCAGCUCCAGGUGCUGGUAGUGUUUCUGGGGUGUGCGAAGGAAGCCUUGGAAGACCUUCCUGCUCAACCCAGGAGGAUGGAGAGUUCUAUCUGGGCCAGGAGUGCACUCCAUGUUCACAUGGGGUCUCCUGAUCUGUGGACUGGAGGAUGGUCAUGAUGAGAACCUGUGGGGUUUGAGGUGGCCACACAUGGACAGGAGACGUGGAGGACAUGAGUGUUCGAGUGCAUGUGCUGGUGUGUGUGGGUAAGGGUCAGGUCUGGUUCUAUUUAAAUAAAAUGGUAUAUGUAGCA